AGCGCAUUUCACGUGAAAGUUGCAUUUGAUUCGCGACAUAAGCGGAAGUGACGUAGCUGACGCGACCCUGACCCUACCGCAGAAUGCGCCUGCCCUUACUGGUGGGGGGUGGCGUGCAAACGUGGAGAGCAUCCGGCUCGAGGAAUAAAGACAUGUCACCUUCAUGAGGUGUCCGUUCGCUAUUUGGUGUCAUUACAAACGCAAUCAAAGGAGAGUCGUGGCCAGUGUGCUAUGCUGGGAUGCUCUUGGAGUUAGCCAUUGUUAGCUCGACCCGUCCCGAAAAGAAGAUGACUUCGAGGAAAAACACGCAUCGUUAGCUCGCUUUAAGUAAGUAAAGCUAAUAUUGAUUUACCUGCCCCACCCCUCCCCCAAAUUACACCUUGGAUGUCCACCCCAAUACGGAACCACAUGACGGAAACUGUAAAACAGCGGCACGCUUCAUUGUCAUGAACUGAUUGCCCCAGCCAUGAAGGACACAUUUUAAACGAGAAGAACCAGAACAUCGUCACGCAGCUAUGGGCUUUUGUUCGUCUGGGUGCAAGAUGUUGUGCAGAGUCAAGUACGUUUUCCUGCUGCUUCUCUCCCUGUCUGUGCUGGCGUGGAUUUCCAUGCUCUCGGGCGACAGCGUUAAAUCUGCCCUGGCCCUCUCGGUGGCGAUGCUACCUCUCGUUAAAGAAGAGGACACGCAGAAUGUGGCAAACUCUGGGCCAUCGACAGCGGUUCCCUUAAUGAUACCGACGCCGAGAGCAGAGUGUCCGAAGGAGUCGCCGCUGCUACAAGGAGCGGUGAAGCUGAACUUUGAGCCCUCUCUACAAUUGGAGGAGGUAGAGGGCGAGAACAAGCGAGUGGCCCAAGGCCGCUACCAGCCUUGGGACUGCACAGCCAGACAGAGCGUGGCCAUCCUCAUUCCCCAUCGCAAUCGAGAGCGGCACCUCCUCUAUCUGCUCCACCACCUGCACCCCUUCCUGCAGAGGCAGCAACUCCACUAUGCUGUUUACGUCAUCCAGCAGGCCGGUGAUGGCACUUUUAACCGUGCCAAAUUGCUGAACGUGGGCUACUUGGAGGCGCUGAAAGACUACAGUUGGGACUGUUUCAUUUUCCAUGAUGUGGACCUGGUUCCUGAAAAUGAUCACAAUCUCUACGUCUGUGACUCGCAACCCAAACAUCUGGUAGUUGGCCGCAAUGCCACCGGAUACAAGUUGCAUUACAAAGGCUACUUUGGAGGAGUCACGGCCAUGAGCGGAAAGCAGUUUCGUAAAGUGAAUGGAUUUGCAAACACCUACUGGGGUUGGGGUGGAGAAGAUGACGACCUACGAAAUAGGGUGGAGCUGCAGAAAAUGCAGAUUGUGCGGCCACCUGCUGACAUUGCACGCUACACAAUGGUGUUUCACAAACGGGACAGCGGUAACGAAAUCAACAAGGACAGGAUAAAGCUGUUGAGACAAACGUCACGAGUUUGGAAAAGAGACGGACUGAAUAGCUGCAAAUAUCAGACCUUAUCAGUGGAGAGGCUGCCGCUCUAUAUCAACGUGACCGUAGACAUCGGGAAGCCGUAGGACAGACUUGUUUCAAAUGAGCUCAGCUCAUUGUGAUGCCAUUUGAAAGUGUGGAGUGAAAAGACGACCACAUGCCAUUGUGACUUGCACAUGAUAUCAAGCAGGCAAGUGCAUCUGAAGAAGCGGAAGUGAAAGAGCAAACGCGAUCACCUCUGCAAUAUCCCACUUGGGGAUCUCAAGCUGACCUCUCUGCGGCAACGAAACAGUUCAGCAAACCUUCUCGAAUCGAAUGCAACGCUUGAGCUUUAUUGUUGGGCUCCACAUUUGUCAAACAACACAUUGCGAAAGGGCCCUUCCGUGUGCAGCUGAGGAGUGUCCAAACAUUGAUGUGUUCCCUUUAUCUUUUGACGUUUCCUUCACGGUGUGUCCAUGCAGGACUCGGGACUGCAUGAGGUUGAAAGUACUGAAUGUGAUUAGAGUCAGUUCCUUUUUUUUUGGGGGGGGGGGGCUGGAUUGCACUUUUUGACAUUUCAUUGACAUAUUCUUUCAAAGUCCACAUUGCUCAAACAUAUCUUGGAACAAAUGUCUGGCGGAAAUGUAAAUUGUUCGGACUCAAAAGGUUAAGUGAACACUGGGCCGAGCCAUAUUUUGAAAUACUGGAUGGGCAAAAGACAUCUCGACAUUAUUGCACGACUAAAUUCAACAUUAUUCGUGACUUGUUGAUAUUCAAGGAGCGUUUGUUUUGCAGGCCAAAAAUGCCCUCGAGCUAAGCAAUAAAAAGGGCUGUUCAGCUGAAAUAUAUGAAUGUAUUUAUUUACACACACGACCGAUCAUGUUGAACACUAGUUAUGCGCAACAAUUUCCAAAAUGUGAUCAUUUAAAAAAAAAAAAUAAAUUAUUAUUCUUUGACUGCCUUUUCCUCAAAGUUAAUUUUGUCCUGCCAUGUUCAACGGACUGAAAAGAUGGAAUUUUGUGUGCAACUAUUACAUUUUUUUUUAAAGGGCCUUCUUGCUUUGCAAGAAAAUGGAAUGGUGGUGGGGGAUCAAGAAUACCUUGACGGUGUCUCAAUGUGACCAAUGAAAAUAGCCUCUCGUUAGAACUAACUGCAUGAUGGUUAGUCAUGGGACUCGCAUUAUAUGAUAUCAUAUCUUUGAAGGGAUGCGCGGCUACUUAUGUGUUUACAACAUGCAUGUUUUGUGACCAUCAAAACUUUCUUCCAUUCAUAGGUUGGUUGCAAAGUACAUGAAUGGCACCUUCUGACGAUUUCAGACACAUUGCCAACCGUGAAAGACCAACGUUGCUACAAAUGUUUUCUCUUGAAAUUACGCUUUCUAGAGUCAUAACAAAACAAUUCAUUAUUUGAGAGUGUCAUUGGUGGAUUUUUUUUUUCCAAGUGGCGCUGAGUUUGAUAAAAGAUUCAUUAUGACAUAUUUCCUGGUGAAGGAAAUGUCUAAUAAACUGUUAUUUUCAUAUUGUCA